AACACAUGGGCAUGGGGGAUUUGGGGCACGGGGUACACAGGUCACAGGAACACAAAAAAUUGACGGGAGGAGCAGGAUGCAAAGGACGUGGUGGGAAGGAUGGGGAGCACGGGGAAGUCACAAAGGGGAUAUAAAGUGUGGGGGACAUGUCCCAAAACACGGGAUGUAGGACUGGAAGGACACAUGGACACAGAGGUCACAAAGGAUGGUGUGGAUGGGGAACAUGGGGGUUCUGUGGGACACAAAGACAGGGACACAAAGGACGGGACUUGAUGGACAUGGGAUAUGAUCCUGGACACAAAGGAUGGUGGAUGCAGCGGACCUGGGGACGUGAAGGAAGGGGUGACAUCAAAGCUCCUCAUCGCUCACCGGAGGAGAACCAGCUGCUGCUUCUACCCCCGUGCCUGGCCCAGCCUCAGGAGCACAGACUGGUGGGAGCAGGUGGUCCUGAAGGAGUUUGGGCCCCAGGACUGGCUGGAGAAGUUUCGGAUGUCCAAGGAGACUUUCUUCUACAUCUGUAACCAGCUGCGGCCUGGGCUGGCUCCACACAGCGCCCACUUCCACCCCACCCUGCCACUGGAGAAGAGGGUGGCUGUGGCCCUGUGGCACUUGGCCACCAACGUGGAGUACCAGACUCUGAGUCCGCUCUUCGGUGUGGGGCCCUCCACAGUGCAGAGCUGUGUCCGGGAGGUGAGCUAUGCUGUCGUCUUGCUGCUGAAGCCGCUUUACCUCCGGCUGCCUGACGAGAAGGAGCUGGAGAACAUGGUGCGCAUCUUCUGCACACGCUGGGGCUUCCCGCACUGCAUCGGGGCACUGGACAGCCUGCACAUCCCCAUCCACCCGCCCCUGUGCCUCACCGCCGACUACUGCAACGGCCAGGGCUGGCACUCCAUCCUCACGCAGGCCACCGUGGAUGGGCUGGGGCAGUUCUGGGACGUCUCCACCGCCUUUCCAGGCAGCAUGGAGAAUAGCGCUGUCCUGGAGAGCUCCAGCCUGUGGGUGCUGGCCAAGGAGGGCCGGCUGUGCCCCAACCCUCCCAAGCAUUUCAUGGGGAAGGCACAGAAGUAUGUGCUGCUGGGCGAUGCCACGUACCCCCUGCAAGACUGGAUCCUCAAGCCCUACCAGGAGGACGAGAACCUCACCCAGCGCCAGCUGCAGUUCAACUACCGCCUGAAGCGGGCCCACAGCGUGAUCGAGAACGCCUUCCUGCGCCUCAAGGCGCGCUGGCAGAUCCUCCUCAAGUGUGACGAUUGCAGCCUGGAGCUGCUGCCCACCCUCGUCCUUGCCUGCUGCAUCCUGCACAACGUCUGCGAGGCCCACGACAACCCCUUCAACGAGGAGUGGCUGGAGGGCACCGAGCCCACCGAGCUGCCCAAGCCCUGCCAGCCCGCGCCGGCCGCCAUGGAGGACACCCGGGCUGAGCAAGUGCGUGAGCUCAUGUGCCAGUACUUUGAGAGCUGCGGGGAGGGCUGAUGGGCCCGGGGAACAGCUGCCCCGCACAUCUCUGCUUGCAGACUCACCGUGGACUCCAGCAAACUGGCCCAGUGCUACCAGCUGUACCAGGCGGGCCCAGGGCGGGGAGGGGUGGCCAUGUCACGUUCAUGCUGGGUUUGCUGUGGAGGUUUCAGGCAGUGGAAUGUAUUUUGUGCCCAUUCUCUCUCCCAGGAUCUAAACUGUUUGGUGGUGUGUUGUGUGCUGUGGGAGUACAGUGGGGAUUAGGGCUGGGAGGGGGCGGCUGCUGGGAUCUCUCUUUCCUCUGUCUCAAAAAUUAGACCAAAAUCAGCAGGAGCCUUGAAAUAAGGCAAAACUCCUUUGGAGGUUUGAAACUUGCUGUGUAAACACACAUGGGAAGGAGAGGGAAGGAAGAGGUGGUGACUUGCGAGAGCUGACACCAGCCUGGAAUUAAACUGCAUCCACAAACUCA